CUGCGACUUUAACGCCUAUGUGUGACAGUGGCGCGCAGCCAGGGGGAUAAACUUGUAUGGAGUGUCCGCCAAAAAAAAAAAAAACCCCAGCCCGGUGUCUCUUUUGGGGGGAAUUAACGCACUUUUGCUGACUUUCUCCUCAGUGUGCUUUUGAGAUGGAACGCGGCAAGAUCAUGGCACAUUGGAGCACAUCGCUAUUGCGCGAGCUCUGUUCUCACCCAGCUCCGGAGGGCUGAUACUCUGGCGUGGCAGUAGCCCUACCUCACCCCGGCUUCAGAGUGACUGUUCACGGGCUCCUGGAACUGGCUAUAAAGGAUUGUUUAUUGGGAAAAAUCAGAGUGGAGUUGAAGCAUAAAGUGGGACAGCGCUCCACUGUCACCUGGAUCCUUUACAAUUCCCCGUGACCAUGCCAUCGAAUCUAUAGAUUUGGGGGCUUCUUCUGUUUGAGCUGAGGAAGAGGAGAGGCAGGAGAAGGAAGAGGAGGAAGAGGAGGAAGAGGGCUGAGGUGUGACUGAAUGCUACCAUGGCCUGUAGACCCUGUCCAUAGAGGAGCUACUGAGUGGAAGAGAGAGACAACCAACAGGAUGAAAGUGUGGGGGAGGUCAGCUUGGCCUGUGCAGGUGGCCUUCCUCGUUGCCUUGGUGAUGCUCUGCGUUGACCCGGUGUCCGCCGGCAGCCGUAACCACCGGGGACAGACAGUCUCAUACCAGGUGAAGCAGGGGACGUGUGAGGUGGUGGCCAUCCAUCGCUGCUGUAAUAAGAACAAGAUUGAAGAGCGCUCUCAAACCGUCAAGUGUUCCUGUUUCCCCGGACAGGUCGCCGGCACCACCAGAGCCAGACCCUCCUGUGUGGAAGCCUCCAUUGUAGCCCAGAAGUGGUGGUGCCAGAUGCAUCCGUGUAUGGACGGAGAGGAGUGUAAAGUCCUUCCCGACCUGACUGGCUGGUCCUGCAGCACUGGCAACAAAGUCAAAACCACCAAGGUCACACGAUAGCAAAAGAGCCACAAAGCCACGAGGAAACCUGAAACGCUCCAUGUGGAAAGGAUGGAUGACUCACACACAUUAACUGUACGAUGGGGAACAUAUCAAGGAAAGGACAACUGUCAGGCCAUCCAUCACAUAACAAUGGGAUAAACUGUACUCAUCACAAACAAUGUACACUUGGCAACAUGGAGCCACACACACGGCAGUAUGCUGCUUGUUGAGAUCGAUGGACUACAAUCAUGGACACCCAGGGUAAAUCUGGACACAAAUGGACUCUUAUUUUCCAAUAAUGGACUAAAUGUGGAUUGUUAAAAAAAAAGGGCGGUAAAGCAUUUCAAAGUAUAUAUUUCAACAAAGCAUUUAUGGAUGAUUGUGAACUGAAAGCUGUGCUCUGAGUGCUGCUGGAUACGCUCCAGACCUGUUGCUAAUGUGUAGAGCUUUUACUGGAGACAGUGGAGAUGAUUUGGGAGGAAUGAGAGCGAUAACAGCUCAUAACUAGCAAAUAGCAAAUUAGCAUCAAAUUGCUCUUGUGGGUCAAGUGACUACCAUAAAGACUGUUUUGCGGGAGUCAUUUUGCAGUUCUAAUUAGGAAUCGCAGUGUAGGAUCAUAACAACAUAUUAAAAAUUCAUGUAAGAUAUUUGCACUAGUUGAAAACCGUUUGGGAAUGUUUUGUUUUUCUAGAUAUCUCCCAUCUUUUGCUGUGGAUGUCACAUGAAAUUGAAGGUGAGCAUUUUGUAAAAUGUCUGACACUUGAAGUAGAUAAAUAUAAAGUAUAUAUCUCGCCCCCAUUAUUCCUGAGUAGUUAUUGGUUAAAAAUGGCUGCGACUAUGGAGCCUCAUUUACAUGCAGCUUGGUACAAUAUGAGCUAGGAGAGCGUGAUUCAUCCGUCUCACUUUUACCCAGAAGCAUUUCCAAGCU